UGCUAACGAACCGCCUCAAGGAGAAGAUGCCGGAUUCCUCCGCAGGAUGCUGCUGCUGACUUUCUUCUUCGGCGAGCCACCUACGAGAUACUUAAAAAAAAAGGAUUUUCGUCUCAGGGCCUACUCACCACCAUCGGGACCUUUGUUUUGUUGGCAGGCAGCGCAACCGGAGGGAUCGGAGCCGGCGAGGGAGAGCAUAUCCCCUCGCCCUCGCCCUCGCUCAAUCUCCAAAGGCAGCGCCAUGACAGCGACUCCGGCGCCUCCCAGUAUAUCCUCCUCCUUCUCCCCCUCCCACCGUGCCGCAUUUAUAUAGCCCAGCGACCGCCAGCCGUUUCUUGUCCCACCCCACACCUCCAGCGUUGUUCGUCCAGUCCAAUCUCAUCUCCCCCUCUUCUUCUUCUCUCUACGCAUUUCCAGCCGCCGCCGCCGAGGUCCAUGGGGAGAUGGAGGCGCGUCAGUGUGGUGGCUCUGGUGCUCCUGCUCUUCUCCGCCUGCCAUGGAAGAGAGCUCUUUGUCAAGAAUCAUGAGCAGAGUUUUAUUUAUGACCAUACUCUUGCUAAGACCCUUGUGGAAUAUGCUUCUGCUGUGUAUAUGACAGAUUUAACAGCUCUGUAUACAUGGACAUGCUCAAGAUGUAAUGACUUGACUCAAGACUUUGAGAUGAGGUCUCUAAUUGUUGAUGUGGAGAACUGCUUACAGGCAUUUGUUGGUGUAGCUCAUAAUCUAAAUGCCAUAAUAGUUGCAAUCAGGGGGACUCAAGAGAACAGUGUACAGAAUUGGAUCAAGGACUUGGUAUGGAAGCAGCUUGAUCUAAGCUAUCCAAACAUGCCAAAUGCAAAGGUGCACAGUGGAUUUUUCUCCUCCUAUAAUAAUACAAUUUUGCGUCUAGCUAUCACAAGUGCUGUUCACAAGGCAAGAGAAACAUAUGGGGAUAUCAACAUCAUAGUUACGGGGCACUCGAUGGGAGGAGCCAUGGCUACCUUUUGUGCGCUUGAUCUUGCUAUCAAUCUUGGAAGAGACGAUGUGCAACUCAUGACUUUUGGACAGCCCCGUGUUGGCAAUGCUGCUUUUGCCUCCUGCUUUGCCAAAUAUGUACCCAACACAAUUCGACUGGUACAUGGACAUGACAUCGUGCCACAUUUGCCACCUUAUAUCUCUUUUCUUCCCCACCUGACGUACCACCACUUCCCUAGAGAGGUAUGGGUCCAUGAUUCUGAAGGCAACACGACCGAACAGAUAUGUGAUGCCAGUGGUGAAGACCCAAACUGCUGCAGGUGCCUAUCCAUAUUGAGUUUGAGCAUUCAGGACCAUUUCACAUAUCUGGGAGUUGACAUGGAAGCAGACGACUGGAGCACCUGCAGAAUCAUCACGGCGCAAAGCGUCGAGCGAUUCCAAAAGGAUCUUGCUAGCAACAUUAUCAUGAAAAAUCACGACGUUGAUGUUUCCAUCGUCGGAGGUAGUGAAGACAGACGGAACAGUUUUAGAUAGCCUACAGCAAUCCUUUUAUCACCAACUUAGUGCAAAAGAUGGUGCACAGUGUUCUUUUCAUAGCCUGUGAAUAUGUAGACAUGUACAUAAUGAUAAGCUCUUGCAUCUUAGAUUCUGUCUGAUGCAUGAAAGAAAUGUUCCGACGUAUGCAUCUGGUGGAAUACAGUCAAGCAAGAAUGCACCCAUGCAUGAUAUCUAUGCAGGUGUCUGUAAUUUGGAUCUAUACUUGACCAAAGAAAGAGACAAAUUCUGCUAACAUUGACAUAAGAUGCACAUGUCACAGAUUUUAAGUUGA